AACUCUCCAUUAACAAUUACUUGAAUGUGUAGUGUCUAUUUAUCUUGAUCUGUUUGCUUUAUUCAAACUAGUUUGCACAUCACUCGGCGUCUUGGCAACUGAACCAAGCGAGGUGACCCCAGCGGCAGUGUCGAGUCCUAGACUUAUUCAUUUUCCGCUUGUCCGCUGUAUUUGUGAAAUCCUCGCCGCAGGGCUCGUUGUUACAUUGGUAUGACAGGAACAAAAAUCCGUGCCGACAGCGAGGCUAGGAAAACAAGUGACGUAUUCAAAUAGACGACCCCCCCCCUUCAUCAUGUUAGUUGCACAAGUCUGGAAUAAUAUGUUUCAUUUCAAUCAGACUAAUUGCUCACUGACAGUAUCCCUCGGCUUCCGGCACGGUAGGGUGCAAACAUCGCUCUUUCUAUCAACCGCGGAAUUACCACGGAGGAUUUAAGAGCAUUUCGACCCAGAAGGCAUUUGUGUUGGCACUCCAGGACAACAAGGUUUUCAAUUUUCGACAUGACCUUCAUUAAAUUGCACACUUUGUUCCUCACACUAAUGCGUCCUAAUUAACGAUAAUUCUACCUUACAUCGAGCAGUUUUCAAGCCGUGGUCAUUGUGACCUACUUCUGAGGCAAAUCCUUUCAAGACCUUGAGAAUGGAUUUUGUGGAGUUGCUGUUCUCGUAAAGGCAAAUUUACAUGUUUAACAGAGGCUAAAAAUGCUUCCAUUCUCAAGGGUCACGCCGUGAUAAAGGGCAGACCCCAAGGUCAUCGCUCACGGUUCACCCACCUGUCGAAAGCCAGCAUAUUUCUGCCGGAUCAGUUCAGUCAAGUGUGCAUAAAUAGCGGGCAGAGCCGCGUACUGGUAGUCAGUACUUAAGUUUGCCCUAACCUACGCCGAACAAAUUUGUGAAGAAUGCGAAAACCUGGCAUGAUAGAAGUCUGACGCUCAACACUUCAUGUAGGCUACCUGAUAGUUCAAAGGCAGUAAAUGAAUGAUUAAGGAUCAUUCUUAAUAAUAGUUUGAAGCACAUCGCAUGUCUUCAUAUCGUGCUGCGAUUUCGUGGCGUGUCGUCUGACGAAAUAAAUUCCCGUUCUUCGUUUCCACGGCAACUCAAAUCUGUUCUUUGCGGGGAAGAUUUUCUGGAUCGCGGGGGACACAGGAAACCAGUGUUGCUCAUUCUAUCUCGAUCGAGUUUCUUCGUGGAAAUUCCAGCAACAUUUUGUUCCGUCCGGAAACUUCCUUUCUAUCUUGUCUGCCUCAAGUUAGACCAUUUCCUGGCGACCUGUUCAAAAGUACAAUCACCCUGGCCUUUACUACGGUGUCUGUGGUCAUCUCACUGAAAUUAUUACAAGGGUCAGUGAUACACUGUUAACAGUUCUUGCCAAGAGCACAACAACUUUAUCAACUCAGCUAAAAAUGACCGUCAUAUUCUCGAAAUCGACAGCACACGCUUUGUCAAAACUGUCGAUGUCAUUACCCAUGACAUUCGUUCUCCUCGGCGCGCUUUUCCUCAGCGGAACUCACGCGCGACCACUGUGCAGUGGCAGGAAAAGUAACGUCGAGGACAGCGGUAACGCUAGAUUGGGAUCUUCCCCGGCAACGGUGAACGGAGAGACCUCCGUAGAAUCGUCUUCGAGGGGACCAGAGGCGCUCAUUGACCGGGAAGAUGAGGGAGCGAGAGGAAGGAACCCCGAGGAGGACAGCGAAAGGAGACCGUGGGAAAUCAAUCAAGGCUUGUGCCCCCCUCCAUUGGCCCAGCUCUGUACCAUCAGCAUACCUGGACCCAGUGGCGGAACUCAGCAGGCCUUUGUCACGCCGUUUUUCGAGGGGGACAUCGUCCUAGACCCCACUACUCGUCGCAACCUGGGCUUGGCCAACAUGCUGCAGCGAAGGCAGCGCCGAGCCAGGAGGCAUGAGCGCCGGGCGUCUACCGGCCUGCGCACGGCCAGAGCCAUCGUCAGGCCGACGGCCCAACGAUGGCCCAACGGGAUCAUUCCUUACGUCAUCGGCGACGAUUUUGCCCCGGAGACAGCGAAGUUGAUCCGCUCCGCCUUGAGACACUGGGAGAGGCAAACAUGUCUACAGUUCCGGGAGAAGAAAGAUAAAGACCGGGAUUAUCUGCGCUUCGCCUAUUACCCCGGUUGUUGGUCGUACGUCGGGAGGCAAGGAGGCGAACAGAUCGUCUCCGUGGGGCCAGGCUGCGCCGUCUUCGGUACCAUCAUCCACGAAGUCGGCCACGCGGUCGGCUUCUGGCACGAACAGAGCCGGCGUGAUCGAAACAAGUACAUCAAGAUUCUGUACAAGAACAUCGUGCCGGGCACGGAGGAGAACUUCGGCACGAUCGAGGCGGCCAACGUGACCAGCCUGGGCUUCCCCUACGACUACCAGAGCAUCAUGCACUACGCCGCCAACGCCUUCACGGCCAACGGCCAGCCCACCAUUAAGGUCAAGAAGAUUGGGCGUCGGCUGGGUCUCCGCCUGGGUCAGCAGGAGAGGCUGAGCCCACUGGACGUGGCGCAGGCCCGGGCCAUGUACGGCUGUAACCAGAGGAAAAUGGCUCAGGACUCGCAAGAAGAGUGCGUGGUGAGCAAACACGGCGACGGGCGAGAAUACCGCGGCACCCGCGACUACACGGUGUCUGGCGCCACCUGCCAGAAGUGGAACGCGCAGUGGCCGCACCGGCAGGAGUAUUGGAAAGACGAGCCGGCCCGCAACGCGAGACAGGGGCUGGGCGACCACAACUACUGCCGCAACCCCUCCGGCAAGAUGGAACGGCCCUGGUGCUUCACCACGCUCAAGAAGACGCGCUGGGAGUACUGCGACGUCCAGGUGUGCGACCGGGAGACGUGAAGAGGAGUUUCUGGGAGGGGUGGUCACUUACUUCGACUUGAACACAACUUGGGCACUCAGACACUGUAUACCACCGUUACCAACAGUGUCUCCAUCCUGUCAUAUUUCAGACCUCAUUUAAAAAAAAAUAACUUGAAUUCGUAAGAUGUUGCACGUCAUACGAGGCAGCAGAAAGGGCUUGAAAAAAAAGGUUUAAAAAAACACUACCUCAGAAAUGUGAAACCCAGAAAUGUUAUCGUAUAACUGUUGGGUAUUACAUAUGCUCAUGGGUACAUGUACAGAUUUAUAUAUUGUAUCACAGUUACAUAAUUAAAUUUGGAUCCAUAUUGAAAUCUGCUUUUUAAAAGACAGGUGACUUAUAGCUCAUUUCCUUUGCUGCAAGAUUAGCGUACUUGCCAUGACCCAUUUGACCACGACAAGAAGGAAGUCCUUUUUAAUACAUGACCAAUCAAACAAACCUCUACAGGAAGAUCAAACAUCAGUUUUGAUAUUUAUCUAAAAACACAGAGUAUUGACGGUGCUGCAGUACAUACUUACUAUUUUAUGUCAAAGGUUUACCUUGACAAUGGAUGUAUUACCAACAUAAGUAACAAAUUAUUCAGCAAAUUAUAUAUUCCGAGCAUUUUACUUGUUAAAUUGCUGCCUAAUUUAAAUUUACACAUAUUUAUUUUGUGACAACAGUUUGCUGUAAACUCAACAGUUAUUUAUAAUAAGUACUGAUAAAUGAAAAGAUAUAAAGCAAUUUGCUUGCGAAAAAAGUGAGUGAAGAUGUUGUUUUUUUUAGGCAGAUUUUAUGAUCCAACAAGGGUGACGACUACGCUGUAGCUUUCUGCAGCACUGAUGUCAAACAAUGAAUAUUUGUGAUUGUGUUUUCA